AUGUCUGAGUCUCGAAGCUUCCGCCCGUACGACCGGGCGCCGCUGGAAAACGACUACCCCCGCAUUGACUUGGGUAGGCUCAGAGGCAGCCACGUCCACCUCGUGCGGGACCGGGUGCCGUCGCCGAGCGACGUUAAGCGCUACCCACCGAACCCGCCCGCGGGCCUGGUGCGGAUGUCCACCUACAACCAGCCCCAUUCGGGGACUCGGGCGCCGGCUAACCAAUACGAGUAUGACAUUGAAAUCAUGCCUCCUCCCCCUCGGCGCCGCGAAGGCGCUCGUCGCUCGGUUUCCGUGGUAGACCCCGAAGCCGAAGCGCGCCAUCAAAAGGAAAUGGGCCAGCUUCAGGAAGAGAUUGAUAUACUCCGCGAGAAAGUGAAGAAAUUGACAGCCCGUGUCAAAAAGGCUGACGAGCGCGACGUUGACCAUCGCCACGAAAAGGAGCUUAACGAAACAGCGGAGCUGAAUUACAUGCAAGGAUUCAUCGACGGCUACCAGUACGCUAGUGGGGAAGCGCUCCCUAGCCCCGUCAUUGCGAAGUUUGCCGCUCAGGGAAUGUUUAUCCCCGCGCCAGCGCACCCGGCUGGCCCCACGGCGCCGCAAUUCCAGCAGCGCCUGGUGGCUGUGGGCGCUGGUGCUACAAUGCCGACGAGACCAGCGACGACGUGGCGGUCGACGUCGACCCAAACGGGCCCGCUCCGGUUUAAAAAGGGCACGCAAACCAGUCCCCUCGUCCACGCCCAAGCCACGCAAACGCCUGUGGUGAAGGGCCCGAUUCGCAGCGGGCGCCCUGCGGGUGCGUCGAAUCCGGUAUCUGGCGCAGCGAGCAGCGCUCGCCAUGGCCGGGGGAUCUCUGGCAAUCGCAACGAAGAUCUCGAGCCAGCGCAGCGGCUCGCCGACAGCCCGCCUUUGCGCGAGCCCGCCACCCGCAACCGCCACGUCUCGUCGUGGUCGUCACCAGAUAGCGACGACGACCUCCACGAUACCGACUACACCGACACCAACGUCACCAACGUGACAACCGAGGCUCGCUCAUCGCGCCAAACUGCGCGUGUGGUGGUCCUCGAAGAACCCUCCGACGUCGACCUAGAGGCGUCGCGCCACCCCGUUAUCCCGCUCUGGGGGUCGGGCGCCACCGAGGGUCUUUCCCGGAACAACUCGCCAUAA